AUGUCUAGGAAAAUGUACAAGCUCCUGCCAGUUGUGUUACUUGAUAUCCAGCUUCAUUUGAUGACAGCUUUAUUCACAGUGGAAGUUCUUCAGCCUCAGUACUCUGUGGAGUAUGGGAGCAAUGUGACACUGAGAUGCCACUUUCCAGUUGAGUCUCAGUUAAAUUUUAAAAUGUUAAGCAUCUUGUGGAAAAGAAUAUUGCCAAAUCAAGAAGAAAAAGAAAUCUACAAGCUCCACAAGGGACAGGAAAACCUCACGCUACAAGACCCAGACUAUAGAGGGAGAGUCACCCUACUGCAUGAAGAAUUACAAAUGGGAUGUUCUGCGCUCAUUAUCACCAAAGUAAAGAUCACAGAUGCAGGCUCUUUCCUUUGUGUCAUUAACUAUGGAGAGGCUGAUUACAAGUACAUUACUUUGGAAGUAAAAGCACCAUAUAAGAGAAUAAACAUCCAGAAAAUAAAAGAUCCUGAAGAAGAGGGCCUGAUUUUAAUUUGUCAGUCAGAAGGGUAUCCCCUGGCUGAAGUAUCCUGGCAUGAUGGGAGGAAUCCUAAUACCAGCAUGAUUGCAAACACUACUUUUGAGCUGACUGAUGGACUGUUCAAUGUGACCAGUACCCUACGAGUCAAACAAAGCAUUAGUGGAAACUACACCUGUGUGUUCUGGAAUAAAAAACUGAAUGAAAAAACUUCAGCAUAUGUAUCAGCGUUUCAGUUAGAUUAUGUGGACGAAUCAGCUUCUGGGCAUCAAAAAAUAUUUCUCAUUUCAUUUAUUCCAAUUUGUUUGGUGGUGUUAUCUUUUCUACCGGUGUUUGUCUUUAAAGUUGCAAGGAGAAAAGCAUCCACAAAUCUGUGCAUCCAAAAAGGUAACUGUAGGAAAGUUUCCCACAAGUCAAGGGUAAAUGAAGCAGAAGUCAGUUUGGAAAUUACUAGCAGUCCUUUAAUUUGA